AUGGAAAUAGGUCGAAUAGGAAUAGUUCCACUUCGCACCUAUUAUAUAAUUGUUGUUCACCUUGCAGUAGAAGCUCCAGUCUCUGACAUCAGAAUCCAUCAGGAUGGAAACAGGAUCACCUGCAGCUCAGAGGGGAUCUACCCUCAACCUGAACUCACCUGGUCCACUGAGCCUCCAUCCAACACGACUCUGCAGAACAGAACCACAGUCCAUCAGACUGAGGAGAAGCUUUAUGACAUCAGCAGCUCUCUGACGGUUCCAGACGGUUCUGAUCGGAUCUACAGCUGCACCAUCAGAACCAGGAGGAACCAGAGGAGAGCAACUUUAAAUAUUCCAGCCUCUGUUGAUUUCUCAGGAGCUGAAGUUACAAUCUGCUGCACAUCUUCAGAUUAUUAUGGAACCAGUUUGGUCUGGAGGUUCAACCACAGUCAGAUCAUCCUGACCAAGACUGACAGAAACAUCUCCAACAUCUCAGAGGAGUGGAGGAAACAUGUGAGGAAUGUUUCAGCGUCCGGCAGCCUCACCUUACAGGAUGUGACCUCAGAUCAGGAGGGAGUUUACAGCUGUGAGCUCAGUGGUGAUGAGGAGACGAUUAUAACUCACCUCUAUCUGAGGAGGACUGGAGAGAAUCUGGUGGUUCCUGAACUCAUCAGACGGACGGUGGUUUGUGUUGUGAUUGCAGCAGCAGCAGCUGGAUUCAUAAUGUUCUACAAGAAGAAAAUGGAGGAAAGUGAAGCUCUGCAGCUUUAACCCUUUCAUUCACAUUCAGAGAGUGGUUUUGUUUUAAUGCCAUUCUCACAUUUUACCCGUCAAGAUGAUUCAUGAGCUUUGAUGUAGUUUUAUGCUCAUG